GCUGGAACCCCUAAAGCCAAUCACAAGGGCUCUCGGCACAGGAAGUCGUCUCCUCAUAGCCCACCUUUGCAGAGCUGCGGCUGGCUUCUUCUUAUCUCUCUCGUCUUCCAUCACCAGCACUACCGAGCGCAGCGUCUGUUUUUCGGCGAUCUUCGUCCCAAGCUCCACCUUCUCCGUCUGCCUACUGAGCAGACGUGGUUUGAGCGGCUGCGGGAACACCCCGGCUCAUUGGUUGGCCUGCUGGGUAGUCCCCGCCUCGAUCGCUCGGCUAGGAAGAGGAAGUCUUUUCAUUGGAUACUUGCAAGGCCCAUAUGGCUGUGUAUGAUGAAGACCUCUUGAAGAACCCCUUUUAUUUAGCUAUGCAGAAACAGCGCCCUGAUCUCUGCAGGAUAGCUGCUGAAUUGCAUGGAAUUGUACUAGUACCAUGCAAAGGAAGUCUUUCAAGCAGCAGCAUCUCAGCUUGCCAGUUUGACUCCUAUGUUCUCAAAUCUGUGGAGGACAACUUUCAAACUUUGAAUGGAAAGGAAGUCUUCAUACAAGGAAACUUGAUCAUACUUGGAGCUGGCUUUAAUCAUCGUUGUUCAGUUCCCAUUCUCUUUGAGGAAACUUUCUACAAUGAGAGAGAAGAGAGCUUUAGCAUCCUUUGCGUAGCUCAUGCUCUAGAAAAAAGUGAGAGCAAAGAACAAUCCUCAACGCCAUCGAAUUCUUACACCCUGAAAAGCAUUGAAGAUGUGAGAGAGUUCUUGGGAAGGCACACUGAAAAAUUUGAUAAAGCUAUUGCAUCUUUCCACAGGACUUUCAAGGAUCAUGACAGGAAAAUCCUGCGACACUACAUAGAUUCUGUAAAUGCACUCUACACCAAAUGUAUUCAGCAGCUUCUGAGAGACUCCCACCUUAGAAUGCUUGCCAAGCAGGAACUUCAGAUGAAUUUGAUGAAGCAAGCUGUGGAUAUGUAUAUCCACCAUGCUCUUUAUGACCUGAUCUUUAAAUAUGUGGGGACUAUCGAGGCAAGCGAGGAUGCCGCUUUCAACAAAAUUACAAGAAGUUUACAAGACCUGCAACAGAAAGACCUGGGUAUCAAGCCUGAAUUCAGCUUCAAUAUUCCGCGUGCAAAACGAGAGCUGGGCCAGCUGAAUAAGUGCACCUCCCCACAACAGAAGCUCCUCUGUCUGCGCAAAGUGGUGCAAAUUAUAAUGCAGUCUCCAAGUCAAAGAGUUAACAUGGAGGCCGUGUGUGCGGAUGAUCUCCUCUCAGUCCUGCUGUAUCUUCUUGUGAAAACAGAGAUUCCAAACUGGAUGGCAAACCUGAGUUACAUCAAGAACUUCAGGUUUUGCAGCUCGGCAAAGGAUGAACUAGGGUACUGUCUGACUUCAGUUGAGGCUGCAAUAGAAUACAUCCGUCAAGGAAACCUCUCUGACAGGCCAACAGGAUCUGAAGGAUUCAGUGAGAAGCUGUUCUUAAGACAAAGAAUGAAUUUACUGUCUCAGAUGUCCACCACGCCUAUUGACUGCUUGUUUCAGCAUAUUGCUUCAGGCAACCAGGAAGAAGUAGAGCGCUUAUUAAGCCAGGGGGAUAGCGACAAGGACACCAUGCAAAAAAUGUGCCACCCACUCUGUUUCUGUGACAAAUGUGAGAAGCUGGUCUCUGGGAAGCUGAACGAUCCUUCCAUCGUUACACCGUUUUCUAGAGAUGACCGGGGUUUCACUCCGCUUCAUAUUGCCGCAGUAUGUGGGCAAGCGUCAUUAAUUGAUUUGCUAGUCUCCAAAGGAGCCGUUGUCAAUGCUACAGAUUAUUAUGGAUCAACACCACUUCACCUUGCUUGUCAGAAAGGAUACCAGAAUGUUACUCUCCUCCUUCUGCACUAUAAGACAAGUGCUGAAGUACAAGACAAUAACGGCAACACGGCUCUACAUUUAGCUUGCACGUACGGCCAUGAGGAUUGUGUCAAGGCUUUAGUCUAUUAUGACGUCCAUUCUUGUAAGUUAGACAUUGGCAAUGAAAAAGGAGACACUCCCCUCCACGUAGCUGCCCGCUGGGGCUACCAAGGGAUCAUAGAAGUGCUACUGCAGAAUGGAGCCAACCCAAAUAUUCAGAACAGGAUGAAAGAGACUUCUGUGCAAUGCGCAUUAAAUUCUACGAUUUUAUCUUUAAUGGAGCUGAACUACCUUGCAUUUGAAAGAGGGCAGAGUGCUUCUCAGUUCCUAGCCAGAUCUUCUCAGUGUGGCGAGGACACCAUCAGUCAAGUAUCAUCCGUCUCCAGUUUAUCGUCAUCAACAGCCAGACAAGAAGAAACCAAAUUUAAUUAUAAAGAGGUUGAUAAACUUUUAAGAGCAGUUGCUGAUGGAGACUUGGAAAUGGUGCGCUAUCUGUUGGAAUGGGCAGAGGACGACCUGGAAGAACCCGAAGAAACCGGCAGCGUGGAAAGACUGGAAUUGUGUCAUCCCUUGUGCCAGUGCUCCAGAUGUGGUCCUGUGCAAAAGAAAUUCUUUCGAGUACCUGCCAACGGCCUUGGAGUGAACGUUACAAACCCAGAUGGCCUGACACCGCUGCAUGUGGCUGCCCUGCAUGGGCAUGCUGUCUUGACCUCCCUCUUACUGAAACAUGGAGCCAAUAUUGGGGCAAAAGAUGCCAACCAGGCAGUGCCUCUCCACCUAGCCUGCCAGAACGGUCACUUCCAGGUAGUGAAGGACCUGAUGGAGCAUAACCCUAAAGAAAAUAAAAAGGACAUUCAUGGAAACACUCCCUUGAUUUAUGCUUGCUUGAAUGGCUAUCAAGAGAUAGUGGCCUUUUUGUUACAGCAUGGGGCCUCUGUUAACCUUUCCAAUAACCAAGGCAAUACAGCUCUCCAUAAAGCUGUGAUAGGGAGCUACGAAUCUUUGGUACAGCUGCUGCUGCAGCAUGGAGCAUCAACCCAUGUUCAGAACAACAAGCAGUGCACGCCCCUUGACUAUGCUGAGCCCAAUUCAGGUAUCUUUGAGCUGCUGCAAGUUGUAGUAACUUCAGAAGAGGGAGGGGAGACUGAUUACAAAGCUCAGAUGGCCAGGAGGAUCAGGAAAAAAAUCAACUUUAAAUCUCCCGAGAUAGAUGAUCUCAUCGCUCGGCGCCUCCAGCUGGUCCAGUCAAUCAACCGGUUUAACAGAUCAAAAGACUUGCGGAAAACGGUAACAAGAGAUAGAAGUGUCCCUAACUUUAAUGAUGAAUUACUACACCAGUUAGCGAUUAAGAGCUUUGAUAAGAGCAAGCUAAAGCCCGUGGAUCCUUUAAAGCAAAGCAGGAGACAGACGCUUGAUGCCGGCAGCAGAGGUGAACCCACAGGAGAUGAAGAUGGCACUGAUGUGGCAGCAGUACCUCUCAGAAGUAAACUGAUGCAUCGGAGGCACACUGUUAAUGUGGCCCUCUCAGACGCAGAUGCUGACAACACCUGCAGUUUAUCAAGAGAUUCCAGUGUUUCUUCACUAGAAGGUUGCUCUGAUGAUUGAUGCUUUCAAGAAUGCUGGCAUCCGGGAAGCACAUUUGCUACCAAAGUAAGAACCCCACAGACCAGGUGGCAGCAGGUUCACACUAUUCCCACUUGUCAUUAAAGAAUCACAGAUUACUCAGGAUCAAAGCUGUCAAGACUGCAUCUUGAAGAUUGGCAGGAAGAGGAGCAUCGCCUCCCCAACAUGAUAGGCACUGGGAGACUGAGAUCCUGUUUAUUUGCUGAUAAAUCCACAAAAUCCAACAGAUGUUACCCCUUUUAAAAACACAUACAAUUGAGAUGUCAAAAAUAUUUAACUUAUUUCUCUGUACUUGAACUCUCCAAAUCAGUUACUACAAUAAGGGGUGUUAAGUGUGGGACAGAAUAUCUGUUGCUUCUAAGGCCUAAAUAUUCUCCUUUGAAAAUGUAGUGUGUCCCCCCCCCCGUUUUUGCAUUGCUAAUUUACACCAGUUGCUGAAAGGAAUUACACUGCCGCAGCAUAAAGCUUCCAACACAAAGGGCAAGAUUGCACAAUUCUUUCAAUUCUCGUUGAUUUUUUUGGAAUGUGGGCCACACACAGGUAGCUGAGUUGUAGCGUGGGAGAUUAUAGUUACUGUUUUUAACAAAGGGUACAUUUUCUCAUGGAGGAGAGUGGGAGCCUAAUUUAGAUACACUUUCUCCAAGCAAGCAGAGUUGAGACUUAUAUUUUGAAUAAUUUUAUUUUAUGUACUAGCCCACACAUUCUCAAAUAUUCUCAAAUACACGUACAGACUAUAGCCUGACCAUUUAAUUCAAAACAACAAAAAAUCAUGAUAGAGUAACAGGUUCCCUAAAUGCAAUGGGUCUGGUUAGAGAUUACCUCUGUAUCAGCUGGGACUUGUGAGAAGCCGCAUCGUUGUCCUUACUUUAAAAGACAUUUCCAGAUUGGUAGAUGGUGCACUUUUAGUAAAUAUUCAAUUUUUUUAAAGAGGAAUUGACUUAUCACUUGAACAGCACAAUAACUUGGUUAGUUCAAAUUUUGUUUAUGUAAUCUUUGUAUACAAUACCUUGGGUUUUUUUUAUCCUUUAAUGUAUUUAAUCUAUUUUGGGAUGGUCAAAUGGUUUGAGAUUUCUGUUUAGAAUUCUAGUGCGAAGUAUAAAAAGAUAGAGCUCUAAUAAGCUCCUGGUGGAGGAGAAUAUGUAUAUUUUUUUACUAAGUAAUUGAGUUCACCUAGUUUUCUUAUGUGCCUUUGACUUGUGCCAAAUGAUGGAAGAGAGAAAUAGUAAAAUGACCAAAUCUA